AUGCCCUGGACCAGCCUCUGCGUGUAUAAAAAGCACCCCCAAGGUUCCUGCUGCCCAGUGGCCCCCUGUGAGCCAGCCCUCCUGACUGAGCCCCCAGUACCAGAUCUGAGACAGACCCUGGUGGGGAGGGGGGUGGAAGUGGUGGUUGUUGUGGCCCAGGCUGGAUGCAUUGGGUACAGAGGCUAUAGCACUAGAGCCGGUGCCCAGACUUGCCCUUGCCUGGGUGGACUCUACCCAAACACUGCUCUGGCUCAUCUCACUCACAGCAGAAUCCCUAGGAUCUUACUGUGGAAGGAAUGA